GAGGUAAUCCCAGCAAAGCGGCCAAAGCCCCAGCCUGCCAAGCAGCCGCCCCACCCUUGGACAGAGCCAGAUUCCUCGUGGACGGGUGCUGCUGAAAAGCAGAUGAGACAGCUCAUCCCGCACUUACACGAGAUUUUGCCCAUUGUCCUGCGCGAGAGCAAGCUGCCAGAGUACGCAGCCGUCACGGACCUUCUCCAGCUGCCACCGUUAGAGAUCAAGGGUGGCAGCGACAAGGGCCAGUCCUCAGCUUUCCGUGAGCGUUGGCGGGAAAGCAACGCUGCCCUUGCAAUUCGUUCUUGUGAGAUGUAUGAAGCUGCUGGGGUGCUGUGGUGGCUUCACACCUUUCCGCAAGAGAACGAUGCGCAGACGCAGCACAUGCAGUGGGAUGACGUGGUGGCUUAUUCGGAUCGAUUGUGCCAGCUGGUGAAGGGCAAGGUGGUGACCACUUCCUUGAUCCCGUGCUAUGUGUGGGCGCAGGAUGCGGACAAGCUGGAGCUCGAGUCCAGCUUUCCAUCUGGGCUGAACGUGGUCGGCCCUGCUUUGCUACCUCUGUGGGGCCUUUUGCUUGCACUCAUGCGGGAGGUCACACGCGCGCAGGGCAGCCGUGACUUUGGGAUGGUCAGACUGCUUCUGGAAGCGGCUCGGUCCUUGCCCUUGAGACUGGCCAUUUUGCACUCCAAGGCAGAGUUGGCGCGAUUGUCAAUCACCUUCUCCCAUGACAACAGAAUCAACUUGGCCAUGUCAGACACGUUCGUCACCUGGCUUCCAAAGUACUGCCUGGCGAUGCAGGAUUUCACGGGCAAGGUGGGGGAGAUACAGACGUACCUGUCCCAGAAGGGCAUCAAGUUUGAGGGUAAGGACUUGAAUGAGAACGUUGUCAAGGCAGCAAGGCUGGGGCAGCAGUACUUGCUGUCUGACAGCGUCCAGGAAGCCAUCGCCGAGCUGCAGAGAAAGCACGGUCGAGCAGCUCUAACCGAGCACUACACAAGUCUCCUGCGGUUGAUGCUGGCCAUGCAGAGUGUGCUGAAGAAGCUUGGCAUGGAGCCAUCUUCGGAGGCUCUGGCGUGGGUGAUAGAUUACACUUGCCUGGCCUUGGACCAGAAUUGGAUCUCUCUUGCUUCUUUGAAGAAGAGUGAUUCGUGGGGAGACAGUAAGUCCACCACCACCUUGACAUGGGGUCAGGCUACCAUCCUCAAGUACGCGGCAGUUCACCACGUGAAGAGCAUUAUCGACGCUCUGACAGAAGAUGUGAAUGCCAGAAAGGAGCUGCAUGAUGCCAUGGACUUCUUUGUGUCUGUGCAGUUGUUCGGGAAACGCAUGGUGGCAUCGUCUGGGCAGUCAGAGGAGAAGGAUGACCAGGCUGGCACUGCCAUGGACUCUAUGUCAUCCUUCGCACGCAGUCUGGCCGAGUGGUUGCAUGCCUUGCUGGCUUGCGACCUUGAAGAGGAAUUUCAGUCUUUGUGGCUUCAAGCCGGAAGCGAUGCAUUCCAGAAGGCCUUGAAAGACAUCACAUCUCCGCCGGAGGACAGCGGCGAGUGGGGCAAGUAUGUCGCAAAGUUCAUGUCGGAAAUGGAGCUCAUGCAUGAGACCGCCACUAUGGCUGCCACAG